AUGAGUGACCUUUCACAAAGCAUGGUGUUUGAUAUGCUAAACAACAAGUCCAAUAUUGACACGAGUGCGCUUUCUGGCCAGAAGUUCGAGCCCGCCCAACGCAGAGAAGAUGCUCAAGAACCCUAUCAUUUCCACGUCUACUCCCACAAGCACAAUACGCACAUCACCUGUACAAAACCGAAUCGCGAGCCUAUCAUCUCUAUGUCAUGUGGAAAUAUUGGCUAUCGAAAAUCUCGACGUGGAACCUUCGACUCGGCAUACUCCCUCACAAAAUACGUCUUGGAACGCCUUAUUCAUACUGGGUGGCCAAUAAAAAUUCAAAGAUUGGAGUUGGUGCUGCGAGGGUUUGGCCAGGGCCGAGAGGCAGCUGUGAAGGUCUUGAUGAGUCCGGAAGGCAAAGUUUUGCGGGAAAAGAUUGUCCGAGUCGCGGAUUCCACUCGCAUCAAAUUUGGUGGUACUAGAAGCGAGAAACCAAGACGACUGUAA